GUGUCAGAGUACGACCUAAGCAUUGUACUUCCGGUUAAAAUGGCGUCCAAUUUCGCGAUAAACGAAAUUACCGAUGAAUUUCUCGUCUGUCAAGUCUGUUUGGAGGAUUUCAAGCAGCCUAAGAUGCUGCCGUGUCUUCACACCUUCUGCCAACUGUGUUUGGAGAAGCUCCUGGCCGCAGAGCUGGACGGAAAACUGGCCUGUCCCACGUGCCGACAGGACGUGGCGCUCCCGCAAAAUGGCGUCCAGGGGCUAAAGUCCAACUUUCUUGUCGGCAAGCUGCACGACAUUCUGCAACAACAGGCUAAGGAGGAUGGUGAAGCAUCAGAUCCCCGGGAGAUAGGUGUCACCUGUGCGGUCUGUGACAAGGGUAAUGCCGCUGAGUUUUAUUGUGUUGAGUGUACUGACCACAUGUGCCAAACGUGUAACGGCGUACACCGUCGGCUCAAAAUCACCAGGUCACACAAAGUUGUAACGAUUCAAGAACUGCAAUCUGGUCAGGCAUCCACCGAGCUCCCAGCAAGCGAGACCUUCAGGUGUGAGGAUCACAAUGAAUUGAACAAGUUCUACUGUGACACCUGUCACCGGGUCAUUUGUCUGCACUGUGUGGUCACGGCACACAAAGAUCACCAGUAUGUGGAGCUAGAGGAGGCGGCGGAGAGGGAGAAAGCGAAGAUCAAGGGGAAACUGUCGACAGUGCAAAACACAGCAGGCUGGCACGAGAAGUGGAUCCAACAGUUGCAGUCAGUGCGGGAUGAGUGGCCUUCACAGGUACAGCGCACAGAAGAACAGAUUGCAAACCAGACACAGGCCAUCAUUGAGGCCGUGGAGAAGAUGAAGAAUGACAGAAUCAGCCAGCUUCGUGCCAUGAAUGCUGCACGGGAGGCGCAGUUGGAAACAGCUAUGGAGGCAGCUGAGGUAGACCUGGCUUCAGCCAGGAGCCGUAUCCAGCACAUGGACGAUGUGUUAGAGUACGGGAGCCCAUCGGAGGUGCUGUCGGCGGCCGGAGAACUGACUGAAUGGACGGAGCAAAAUACGGACGAACGCCCUGAAAUGACCAAGGACUUUAUUACCUUGACCGUUGUUCCUCCAGUUUGUCAAGUUAACGUGGAGCAGAAAGUAGCUAAGUUGAUGGGUGGGAUCAGGCAAACGAGAGUGCCGAUACUCUUGAAAACCGUUGGGAAGAAAGGAAGUGGCGAUACCGAGUUUAACUGGCCAACAUCACUUGCUGUCACCACGGACGGAAACAUUGUAGUCACCGAUCGCGACAACAAGCGACUGCAAUUUCUUGACAAAGAUGGCUCCUCUAAGAAGAUCGAUCUCAGUUUCUACCCCUUGUGCGUGGCAGUACUGACAAACGGUGAGCUGUUGGUGACAGGAGAUGGACACAGCAUCCGCGUGCUGGACAGACAUGGGAGGAGGGAGGAACACAUCAUCCAGGUGGCAGGGGCUACAGACAUAAAGGCAACCACAAGGGGUGUUGCUGUGGACAGAUUCGGACGCAUCAUCGUUACUAUCGGGACCCAAAUGUUUGUAAUCAGUCCCAGCGGUGACAUAAUUCGGAAGUUCGAGGAAAAGGGUCAAGGUCAGCAGCAGUCCGCCCUCCAUGUCACCGUCAACAGCAGCAACCAAAUCAUCGUCAGUAACAUGCGUAAUAACUACCUGAAGAUAUACGACCCCGCCGGCCGACAUCUCUUCACGACAGGAUCGUUUGGCUGGGGGCCUGGCCAGCUGAACUACCCGGCGGAUGUCAUCACGGACAGUGAGGACAACAUGCUGGUGGCAGACAGUGUCAACCACCGUGUUUCCUUGUUCAGUGAGGACGGCGUGUUCAUCAGACACGUGCUGACACAGGAGAAACACGGACUGAACUUCCCAAUGGGACUGGCCAUGCAUGACGGACAGUUGGUCGUUUCUGAUCGGCACUCCAUUAAGUUUUUCCGUAUCUAGAAUGGACUUGGUUAACGAUAACAUCGGCUUUCUCAUCCUACCAUUUUACAUCGUACAUUGUGAAAUGAUUGACAGAUUUCUUAGUGUCCAAGAUUUAAUGUUUUAGAUUGAUAAGAAGGAUAAAACUUGUGUAUUCCGUUUCGAAAUCCUUCCACUGGUUAGGCUAAGUUAUUAUAGUUUGUCGGAAAUUAAUAACUGGGCUAAAACAUUUUUCUUGUGCCAUUUAGGCAAAAAUACGUUCUGUACAUAUAAGAUGCAUGUCCCACAAAUACGACUUAUAACAUAUUUCAAUACAGACGACUGAUACCCUGUCACAUACAUGCGGCAUGGUCAUCAACUGUUCAUGUUCUUCUUAGCAUGUUACUUGCAAUUAGUUUUUAGUACUUUAUUUAUUAGUUUUAGUAGUUGAAACAAAAAAGAAUUUGCUUCAUUAAAUUUAGUUCUUUAUUAGUUUUAGUAGUGGAAACGAAAAAGAAUUUGCUUCAUUAAAGUAGAGUAGUGCCGACAUGUUUCUUCAGCAUUUUGAGCGUUAUUUUUUUAGAGUUAUGCUUGUGUACUCUCGCUCAUAUCUAUAAAACCAUGCACGAAAAUGUUUCACCCAUCACAGAUUGUUCCCUAAAGCCUACGCGUCAGUAUCACGUUCUGUUAAUGGUAUAGCCUAAAGGCAAAGAUUCCAUUGUCAAAUCUUAAUGGGAAAUUUGCACCUAAAGCUCAUCCAGUCAAAUGGAGAAAUACGAGCGUUUCCUAGUUUCAGUGCUGUGAUAUGUCACUAGUACCCUCGCGGCUGCAAUGCGCUAGAGAGGUAGCUAGUAAAUGUAGUAUUGAUUCAUUUAAAUAAUUUAUCAAUCGUACAAUGAGGGCUUGGAGCCUCAUGUACUAAUGUACAUGUAUAUGCAUACAUAACAGUACACUCACUACUGCAAUGCGCUAGAGAAGUAGCUACUAAUACUGAUUAACUUUACGAAUUUAGCAAUGGUACAAAAAGGUUAUUGGGACUAUACUUAUGUACAUAUGCAUACGUUAAAGGACAUUUAUAAGAUUUUCCGUGGCUACCAUGGACUAUUAUACUGAUGCUACACAGCGAUUUGAAAUAGACAAUGUGGCAGUUCCGACGUUUUGUAGCAUCCAUUCACUUCAUGUAAGCCUCCCUGCCUGGCGUCUCCUCCUUAAAGCUUCCUCUCCACCGGAAACACUCU